GCCCGGUGCCGGCCCGGUCCCCAGAGCGCUGCGGGCAGCGGAGAGCGGCGGGGGCGGCCCGAGCGCUGGGGCAUGGCCGUCAAUGUGUACUCCACCUCGGUGACCAGCGAGAACCUGAGCCGCCAUGACAUGCUGGCCUGGGUCAACGACUCCCUGCAGCUCAACUACACCAAGAUCGAGCAGCUCUGCUCAGGGGCUGCCUACUGCCAGUUCAUGGACAUGCUGUUCCCCGGCUGCGUGCACCUGCGCAAGGUGAAGUUCCAGGCCAAGCUGGAGCACGAAUACAUCCACAACUUCAAGGUGCUGCAGGCCGCCUUCAAGAAGAUGGGAGUGGAUAAGAUCAUCGCAGUGGAGAGGCUGGUGAAGGGAAAGUUCCAGGACAACUUUGAGUUCAUCCAAUGGUUCAAGAAGUUCUUUGACGCCAACUACGACGGGAAGGAAUACAACCCGCUGCUGGCACGGCAGGGCCAGGACGUGGCGCCCGCCCCUAACCCAGGUGAUCACAGCUUCAACAAACCCAAGAAACUCAUUGGCACUGCAGUCCCACAGAGGACCUCCCCCACGGGCCCCAAGAACACGCAGCACCCGGCACGCCUGGGCAACGUCCCCAGCGGCAUCCUGCGGAAAAACUCCCCUGCCACCCGCAACGGGGGCUCCGAGGCUGACGCACAGAUCCUGGAGCUCAACCAGCAGCUGAUGGACCUGAAGCUGACGGUGGACGGCCUGGAGAAGGAGAGGGAUUUCUACUUCAGCAAACUGCGGGACAUCGAACUCAUCUGCCAGGAGCACGAGAACGAGAACAGCCCCAUCAUCAACGGCAUCGUCAGCGUGCUCUACGCCACCGAGGAGGGCUUCGCCCCGCCGGAGGACGACGAGCUGGAGGAGCAGCAGACGGAGGAGCAGGACGAGUACUGACCCGCCGCGCCUCACCCCACGUCCGACCCCUCCAUAGACAUUGAGGUCUGAGCCCCCGCACCCCACCGCCAUCGCAGCUCCGUGGGACAGCGCCGGUCUCCACAAUAAACCGAUGUCACCGCACAGCGGAGCGGGGCCGUGCGUCUGCCGGGGGGGACGCGCCCCGGCCCCACCCUCGCCCCUUUCACCCCAUAUUUAUUUCAGUUCCUCUCCGCCCCCACUGUGCCAUGGCUUUGGGAGGGGGGGGGGGGGUGGGGGGUGCCCCGGUGCCCCCACCCUGAGCCGGGGGGUCCGCGCGGGGCCCGCAGCCCUGAGAGAGGAGGAGGAGGAGGAGGAGGAGGAUGAAGGCCCCGGCCCGGUGGGGGCAGCGCGGGUCCGGGCGCUGGGGAGGGUGGGGGGGAGGGGGGGGUACCGAGAGCGGCCCGGCCCGGCCUUCCCCCUCGCUGCAUCGCUUUCAGCGCCGUCACCGCGGUUGCACAGCGCGCAUCUGUGUUCGGUUUUAUUUAAAAUAAACUUCGCGUGGUACAACGCUGUGCGCCCGCCUACCGUCACGGGGCCGGACCGCCCUCCGAGCGCGGCGCGGCGCAGCGCAGCACCGCCUACUGCGGGAGACAGAGCGGAAGUGGGGCAGGGCGGAAGUAGCCGAGGCGGAAGUGGAGCGGGGCUAUACGGAGCGGAGACGCUACGCGGGAAACGGUUGCUAGUGGGUGGGGAUAUGCAAAUAGAGCUGAGCGCGCUGCAUGCCGGGAGCACACCGCCCCACACAACGACUCCGCGUGGAGUCCCGUGGGCCUCGGCUUGUGAGCCGCCGUGCGGGAAUAGCGGUGCGGGGAGCGGUGCGGGUUAGGAGAGGAACAGCGGUUUGGUGUGCGGGUCGCCGUGCGGUGCGGGCUGGUGUCGGGGCGUGGGGAGCGGGGCGGGGCGAGAGCAAAGCAUACUUACCUGGCAGGGGAGACACCAUGAUCAGGCAGGUGGUUUUCCCAGGGCGAGGCUCAUCCCCUGCACUCCGGGUGUGCUGACCCCUGCGAUUUCCCCAAAUGCGGGAAACUCGACUGCAUAAUUUGUGGUAGUGGGGGACUGCGUUCGCGCUCUCCCCUGAU